AUGCAGAGUGGCGGGCCUUUCUUCCAAGUGGAGCUGGGUAGGCUGGACGGCCUGAACUCCACGGCCGGCAGCGUGCCAGGCCAGCUGCCCGAGCCCAACCAGACCAUGGACCAGCUGCUGGCGGUCUUCAAGGCACACGGGCUCAACAUGUCCGACCUCGUCGCGCUCUCAGGUGUCAGGUCUGUGUAA